AACAGAAAAAAUAAAACAGAAAAGAAAAGAAAAUAGUUCAAAGCGAGCCAUAGAUACAUUUUCCACUUCUUCUCUGGUAUGGCCAAGAGCAAACACAGUUUAAAUAAAUGCCAACAAAAAUAUGCCAAAUUCCGCACAAUUGUUGAACUAUUAGAAACUUAACAAAAGAAAUCAAACAAUAAGGAAAGACACACAACUUAAUUGGAAACAUAAAUCGUAGUAAAAAUGUCAAAGGCUAAAGCUAAAGGCAAAUUAAAUACACGAACAAUUCCCAAACCCAAGCACCUAAAAUGAGAGAAUUCAACUGCAACAACAGCAACAUCAGCAGCAACAACAACAAUAACAACAACAGCGGCAGCAGGCGCUGCUUAAAGGUCGAGGACAAUAAAGGUGCAGUGCGAAUAUAGCAAUAAGCAGGACACUUAACCAAAACAAACCACAAAGGCUAUGGAAUGGAGCACCUAUUUGGAUGACGAAUUGAAAGAGCGACAAAGCGACAGAAAUAGAAAAAUGAACAGCAUACUGAGCUAGAGUCGAGUCAACGCAGCAGCCGCAAAACGAAUGAGAGAGAGCAGAGCGAGGGCUAACACGAGGCAAUUGGCAAUUGAUGUGGCCGCGGACAACAACAACAACAACAGCAACAGUAACAGCAACAGGAACAACAACAAGGCAACGGAGCAGAGAGACAACAAACGAGGAGACGGCACAACAACAACAACAACAUCAGCAUCAGCAUCAACAGGAGACAAUCGCUGGUAUAGUGUCUCAUGCCAGUCGUCGUCUGCAGCGGCACACGCCCAGCGCAGUUGAGCUCGAAUCGAUCUCCGAUUCAGUGCUGCUCUGUCAGCAAUUGAUGCUAUUCGUUUUGGCAUUGUUCUGGUUGAGCUACGCCUGGACAGCGCGCAGUCAAACGAUAUCGCAUUGGCAGCGCAUGUAUUGAGACAUUAACUAACACACGCACACACACAGAGACACGCUCACACAAAGACACACACACACACACCCACACACACAUACACAGCUACUAACGCAUGCACUGAUGUACUGACUGAAUGCCUCGCUGCCUAAACAUACAACAACAACAACUAAAUCACUGACUGAGCGACAGGAAAUUAGAAUUGGAUAAGCAAAGAAGCUAUACAACUGAACGAAGACAAAGAAGAGGAAGAAGAAGAAGAAGCAGAGAUCAUUACUUAACUAAAUACUGCAACUGUAACUGUAAAACAUCAACUAAUACUUACUUUAUACCAACAACAACAACAACAACAAAUUACAUUGUUAAUGCCACGCUAAAGCAACAAAAACAAAAACCAAACGAAAAAAUUUUUAACUAAGCAAUAAUACGCACCCUCGAAUAAAACCCUUCCAAGUCAAAAGUAAACCCUUUUGACUUUUGCCACGCACCACAACAGCAACAACAACUAAUUGCACCACCAUGAGUGUUUCAGCAAUGGAUAAAUUAACUAUACUAACGCCCCGCACCCGGACGCCCCUGCUAACAAUUUGGCUAGCCAUAAAUAUGGCGCUAAUCGUACAGGAGACGGGCCCCAAACGGAGCACCACAGUGCAAUCUGCAACUGGCGGCGGCAGCAUGUUGGGUGAUGUAAACAUAUCCGCUAUACUCGACUCCUUUAGUGUUAGUUACGACAAAAGAGUAAGACCCAAUUAUGGUGGACCUCCUGUCGAAGUCGGAGUCACCAUGUAUGUGCUAUCAAUCAGCUCGCUCUCAGAAGUGAAAAUGGACUUUACAUUGGAUUUUUACUUUCGUCAAUUUUGGACCGAUCCUCGUUUAGCGUAUAGAAAACGACCUGGUGUAGAAACACUAUCGGUUGGAUCAGAAUUCAUAAAGAAUAUUUGGGUACCUGACACCUUUUUUGUAAAUGAAAAACAAUCAUAUUUUCACAUUGCAACAACCAGCAAUGAAUUCAUUCGUGUGCAUCAUUCUGGAUCGAUAACAAGAAGUAUUAGAUUGACUAUCACCGCAUCGUGUCCAAUGAAUCUGCAAUAUUUUCCAAUGGAUCGACAGCUCUGUCAUAUUGAGAUCGAAAGCUUUGGUUACACGAUGCGAGAUAUCCGAUAUUUCUGGAGAGAUGGACUGAGUAGUGUGGGAAUGAGCAGUGAGGUCGAACUACCGCAGUUCCGCGUUUUGGGACACAGGCAGAGGGCGACCGAAAUAAACCUAACCACAGGCAACUAUUCGCGCUUAGCCUGCGAAAUACAGUUCGUGCGCUCGAUGGGCUAUUAUCUUAUACAAAUCUACAUACCCUCUGGACUGAUCGUUAUUAUAUCAUGGGUAUCAUUUUGGCUCAAUCGCAAUGCAACGCCGGCGCGUGUGGCGCUCGGUGUGACAACCGUGUUGACAAUGACAACGUUGAUGUCGUCAACAAAUGCGGCGCUGCCAAAGAUUUCGUACGUCAAAUCGAUUGACGUCUAUCUGGGAACAUGCUUCGUUAUGGUCUUUGCCAGUCUACUGGAAUACGCCACCGUCGGCUAUAUGGCAAAACGAAUUCAAAUGCGAAAACAAAGAUUUAUGGCGAUCCAAAAGAUAGCUGAGCAGAAAAAGCAACAAUUAGAUGGUGUGCAGCAGCAGGCCAAUCCGAAUCCGAAUGUCGGAGGCGGACCCGGUCCUGAGCAUGGACAUGGGCAUGGUCAUCAUGCCCACAGCCAUGGUCAUCCGCAUGCGCCCAAACAAACAGUGAGUAACCGCCCAAUCGGCUUUACAAAUAUCCAACAAAACGUUGGUACGCGCGGUUGCUCGAUAGUGGGACCCUUGUUCCAGGAGGUGAGAUUCAAGGUCCACGACCCCAAGGCACACUCCAAGGGCGGCACUCUGGAGAAUACGGUGAAUGGUGGCCGAGGUGGCCCCCAGCCCCAUGGACCCGGCCCGGUACCCGGCGGUCCAGGCGGACCCGGCGGCGGUGGUGGCGGAGGCGGCGGCGGCGGUGGAGGUGGCGGACCUCCAGAUGCUGGCGGCGACCCGGAGGCGGCCGUACCAGCACAUCUAUUACAUCCGGGCAAAGUAAAAAAGGAUAUCAACAAACUGUUAGGCAUUACGCCUUCGGAUAUUGACAAAUAUUCGCGCAUUGUGUUUCCCGUGUGCUUUGUUUGCUUCAAUCUGAUGUACUGGAUUAUCUACCUGCACGUUAGCGACGUCGUUGCCGAUGAUCUUGUCCUGCUCGGCGAGGAAUAAGCGGCCAUGCCCCCUAAGGGUGGCGCGGAGCCGGAAACGGAGCCUGGCCGGAGGCAACAAGUGAGACAACAGCGCACGAGAGAGUUAAACUGUGCAACGCGCUGAAAAAUAAAGUUAAAAAAAAUCAUUAACCAAAAGUAAUUUUAACUAGAGAUAUGGAAAAAGCAAAAGGCAACAUAUUAUUGUUAAAUACUAAUAAAAAUAAUAAUGAUAAAAAAAAGAAAAGUAAACCAAAAUGGAUGAAAAAAACACACAUAUUAUGGACGAGAGCAAAGAAUAUUGUUAAAUAGAUUUACGCAAUUAAAAAAAA